AAUCUGCUGAAGUGCGCCAGUCAGGGUGCGCAAAGAAACGUUAAAUCUAGCAGUCGAUAUUUUUCGAAGUCAAACGUCAUUGCUAGUAUAAUAGGUCUAAGUAUUUUUUUCCCGAAAAAUUAUACUGGAAGACAAAAUACAUUUGAGCCAUAAAGAUGGGUUGUGGUGGGAGCACACCACAGCCGCCGGUACCUGGAGAAAUUCGGAAGCUUUCUAUUUUCGGAGGGAAUCCUGUUGUGAUGGAAACAGGAGAAAAGGUGAUGAUGAGGAGAAAUCCUGGCCCAGUGUUGAUCGUUGUAUUUGGUGGACCAGGGAGUAAGAAAGGGAGGAUAUUAAGUGAUCUGUCACAAAUCUUUGGACUGGAAAUAUUGAAUGCAGAAUCAAUAAUAUUGGAAAGCAUCAAGGAUGAACUAGAACCAGAUGAGCCUCGCACAUUAGCCAAUGUGAAUAAAAUGAUCAAGACCAACCCAGAGUUGGUACGACUGGAUGCUUGUUUGAAAAAGAUUGGAAAGAAACUGGAUGCGGCAGACAAAUCAAAGUGCUACCUAUUGGACUUGAUUCCUAAUAAAAAGUUGAUUCUGUCCUCUAAUCUGUUCAUUAAGGACUGUAACAAUGAGUUUAAGUACUUUGAAACCAAG